GCCUCCAUCCGUUUCCUGUCAGGAGCGGAUGGCCGAGGCUGGGCCCGGCUCGGAGCGGGCCGUCUUCGCUGAGCAUCGGCGGACGCUUCGUUCGCGCGCUCCGGCUUCCUGAGAGCCGACGCGAGAAGGCGUAACAAAAGAAAAGAAAGAAAAAGAAUUCGAGACCGCUGUCAGCGCGAUAAUGCACCAUGGGACUGGUUCACAGAAUGCACAGCGCCAGCUCCAGAGGUCUCGAUCCUUCACCGGCAGUGAGAGCGAAGACCAGCAGGCCAAUUUACCACAGUCCCCGGCUCCUUCUUUUGCUCCUUCGGCCAGCCCUUCUGCCCCUCAGUCUCCCGGCUACCAAAUCCAGCAGUUUAUCAUGAGCCGAAGUCCAGUGGCAGGGCAGAACGUCAACAUCACCUUGCAGAACGUGGGACCUGUUUCUACCGCCAAUCAGCAGAUCACCCUGACCCCGCUGCCCAUCCCGAGCCCGACUUCCCCCAGUUUUCAGUUCAGUCCUCAACAAAGACGGUUCGAGCAUGGCUCGCCUUCCUACAUCCAGGUCACUUCUCCGUUGCCCCCUCAGGUUCAGUCGCAGAGCCCCACCCAGCCCAGCCCGGUGUCCGUUCAGACCAUUUCAAGCGUCCGAGCAGGCACCCCGGGUCCCGGCUUGGGCAUGUGCAGCCAGAGCCCGACGCGAGGCUUUGUGGACGCCAGUGUGUUGGUGAGGCAGAUCAGCCUGAGCCCUUCCAACGGCGGGCACUUCGUGUACCAGGAAGGGUCGGGCCUCACCCAGAUCGCUCAAAGCGCCACGGCUCAGGUCCAGCUUUCAUCCUCCGGCACCUCGUCGACCGUCCGAGAGCGCCGACUGUCCCAGCCCCAUUCUCAAACAGGAGGGACCAUCCACCAUCUUGGACCUCAGAGCCCCGUGGCUAGCGGAGGAAAUAUCCAAGGUUUGCCUAACCCUGGUCACAUUACCACCAGCAACCUGCCGCCACAGAUCAGCAACAUUAUCCAAGGGAUGCAGCAACAGCAGCAACAGCAGCAGGGGCAGCCUCCCAACAGACCUUUGGGCUUUGACAGGAGUUCUGCCGGAUUAAUUGCUGGGGUGGGAGGCCCCGCUUUCGGCAUCACCUCUCCACCGCCCCCCACAAGCCCUUCCCGGGCCAGCAUCCCUCAAGGGCUCACCGGCCACUCGCUGGCCCCCUCGGUCUGCACCGUGGUGAAAAAACCCAAAAAAGUCGAGGAAAUCCCGCCGGCCACUCCGGAAGCGGCUCAGAUGAGGAAGCAGUGCCUGGAGCACCACUUCAAGCAGAUGGAGGCUCUGAAAGACGCUUUCAAAGAGUACUUGGUCGAGUUGUUUUUCCUGCAACACCUGCAAGGGAACAUGAUGGACUUCUUGGCCUUUAAGAAGAAGCAUUGCCUGCCGCUGCAGGCCUACCUUCGGCAGAACGACUUGGAUCUGGAGGAGGAGGAGGAGGAAGAGCAGUCGGAGGUCAUCAACGACGAGGUAAAGGUUGUGACAGGAAAGGAUGGGCAGACUGGUACUCCUGUUGCUAUAGCAACCCAGCUUCCUCCAAAUGUUUCUGCUGCUUUUUCAACUCAGCAGCAACCGUUUCAGCAGGCCCAUGCAGGGGCUCCAGUAACGGGAACUGUCAAUGCCAUAGAAAUCGAAGCGUUUAAGAGACAGCAAGCUCUUACAUCAGCAGAUUCGUCUAAGAGACCCCGAAUUGAAGUGGGCCGUCAUGGGAUGGUUUUUCAGCAUCCGGGCGUGGCUUCAGGAGUCCCUCUUCAACAGCUCAUGCCAACUGCACAAGGGGGAAUGCCUCCCACCCCUCAAACCGUGAAGCUGAUGGGUCAGAAGCAGAGCCAGCAGCAGUACGACCCUUCCAAAGGGCCCCCGGUGCAGAAUGCAGCCAGCCUUCACACCCCACCGCCUCAGCUGCCCGGUAGAAUGCAGCCCACCAACGUGUCCAUCAGCUCCCACCCUCCAACACUGCAGCUGGCACCCCAGGCGGCUCAGAUGAACGACCCUCCCGUGCAACAGGCGGCGAUUCACGUCAAAGCUCAGUCCCAAAACGUGAUGGUCACUGCGGCUGCUGUGUCCCACGGCCAGGUUCAAGCGCCGUCUCAGCCACAAGGGCAGCCGGCAACGCACGGACCGGGGCAGAUGACACCCCCCUCCCAGGUGGCGGCCUCUCAAACUCCAGCCCCACAGCAGAUCACAACUCUCUCUCGUCCCUCAUCCGACUCUAACCAAAACUCCCAGCGCAUUUCGUCAAGUGUGGUUCCUCCUACCUCAAGCAACCCACCAACUUCUGCUUCCAACCCUGCCCCACAAACAACACACUCAACCCAAGCCAGCAGGUCCUCGCCAGGAGCAACUAAGUCAACAUCUCCCGUGGCCUCCAAACCCCCAGGGUUGGCCGUGGCAGCAACCCCCAAAACUCAGAACACAACACAAAAUACCGCAACAGGUCAGGAUAGCACACACGAGAAGUUGGCUGAACAAGUGAAGUUGGAAAACCAAGUUCACCAGCGCAUCGCGGAGCUGAGGAAGGAAGGCUUGUGGUCUCUGAGACGACUGCCCAAACUCCAGGAGGCCUCCAGGCCCAAAUCUCAGUGGGAUUAUCUCCUGGAGGAGAUGCAGUGGAUGGCCACAGAUUUUGCCCAAGAAAGACGAUGGAAGAUGGCCACCGCCAAAAAGAUGGUCAGGACAGUGGCGCGCUACCACGAAGAGAAACAGCUCAAUGCAGAGCGGGCGAAGAAGGAAGAGAAGAUCAAGCUAAGGCGCAUCGCUGCUACCAUUGCCAGAGAAAUAGAAUAUUUCUGGUCUAAUAUUGAACAGGUGGUUGAAAUAAAGCUGCAGAUUGAAUUUCAAGAGAAAAGGAGAAAAGCAUUGAAUUUAAAAAGAUGUGCCAAGAAAGGUAAAGAGUCGAGACACUUAGAGGACAUCCUUCUGGAAAAAGGAAACAAGUCGGGUUCGUGGUCCUGUAGAAGAAAGAGAAAAGCCAGCACUUCUCUAACAGAUGAUGAAGCGGAAGAUGAAGAGGAGACAAUAGAAGAGCAGGAAAAGAAGGAAGGGAAUGUCAACCAUCAGAUGGAGCUGUCCACGCUGGCGAAGGAAGCUGAGCUGCCUUUGGAUGAUCUGAUGAAGAUGUACGAAGGAGCCUUCGCUGAGAACUUUCACUGGCCGCAGCCAAAGCCAGAAGAGGAGACAAGCGAAGAAGAAAUGGAAGAUCACCCGGCCGAAAGGGAACUCUUUCAAAAGGAGGUCAUCUCGAUUGAAUCUCUGCUCAGCAUCGAGCAGUACAAGGGGGCUGAGAGAAUGAUGGCCAGCAAGAACCGCGGGCGAGAUAUAGCCGAAGUGGCCGCCACAGCGGAAGCCCUGUUGCCAAAAGGCAGCGCCCGGAUCACCACUGCGGUCAAAUACAACACCCCUCCUCUCUUGUACGGCUCCCUCCGAGAGUAUCAGAAGAUUGGCCUCGAUUGGUUGGCCAAGUUGUACAAGAAGAAGCUGAAUGGCAUCUUGGCUGACGAAGCUGGCCUCGGGAAGACGGUGCAGAUCAUCGCCUUCUUCGCACACCUGGCCUGCAAUGAAGGGGAUUGGGGUCCUCACCUUGUCGUCGUCCGAAGUUGUAACAUUCUGAAGUGGGAACUAGAGCUCAAACGUUGGUGCCCUGGCCUAAAGGUCCUGCUCUACAUCGGUACCCAGCGAGAACUAAGAAUGAAAAGACAGGAGUGGACCGAACCCAACAGUUUUAACGUCUGCAUCACCUCCUACAAGCAGCUCUUCAAAGGCCACCAAGCAUUCAUGAAGAUACGAUGGAAGUACCUCAUGGUAGACGAGAUGCAACAGAUUAAGAACAUGACGGAGAAGCACUGGGAAGCCCUCUUCCACCUACGCAGUCAGUACCGCUUACUUCUGAUCGAUACCCCUCUGCACAACACCUUGAUGGAACUGUGGACCAUGGUGCACUUCCUGAUUCCAGGAAUCUCCAAAGCUUACCUGGAUUUCCCAGUGAAAGCAGCCAACGAGGAGAAUCAAGACUACUGCCAUAAGCUCGUCAUCAGGCUGCACAGGAUGAUCCAGCCAUUCAUCCUGCGCAGAUCCAAAAGGGACGUGGAGAAGCAGCUGACGAAGAAGUACGAACACGUCCUCAAGUGCCGGCUUUCCAAUCGGCAGAAAAUGAUGUACGAAGACGUCAUCCUCCAGCCCGAAACCCAAGACGCUGUGAAAAGUGGGCACUUCGUCAGUGUUCUUCAUGUCUUGAUGCAGCUGCAGAAGAUCUGCAACCACCCGGAUCUGAUCAACCCUCGGCUGUGUGGCUCCUCUUACGUUUCAGGGGCCUUGCAGUUCUCGACCGCCUCGCUGGCCUUAACAGCCUUGGAGAGCGGCCUGUGGAAGGUUGCAGACCUGAGUCUCUUUGACCUGAUUGGACUCGAGAAGAAAAUGACGCGGUAUGAAUCCCAGGUGGUGCCCAAACAAAAAAUAACCCGGAAGCUCAUCGAAGAGAUCUACACCUCUCCCCUGCCACCUCCCAGGCCACCUCCCGUCAAGCUGAAGCCCAACAGAUUGUUUCAACCUGUUCAGUAUGGACAAAAACCUGAAGGCAAGAUGGUCACCUUUCCUAGCGCUCAAGUGCAGCGGGCCACCAGUACGGCAACGGUUGCUCAACAGGCCCAAGUGCGAGGAAGGUCUCCCAUGACAACGGUAUCUGCCAAUCAAGCCGCCGUUGCCGUCUCCUCGGCUGCCACCGCCGCGCCACCACAAUUGCAGUCUUCCUCCAGUGUUCCUCCACCUCCUCCUCUUCCUCUUCCUCCUCCAAGACAUCCGCCAGCAAUGACCUUCGCCAACGCAACUAGCCCGGCCCAUCCAGUGAAACUGCGGGGCCAGGCUACCACCCAGGGCCUCCAGCUAGGGCAGGCCCAGCCACAGGCUCCCCCACCCACCAUCCAACAGAGUGUCCAGCCUCAGAGGCUCCUGUUAACCAGUCAGGCACAGGCUCGGUUACCCAGUGGUGAAGUGGUCAAAAUAGCCCAGCUGGCUUCCAUUGCAGGGGCACAGGGCCGGAUCACACAGCCGGAGACACCGGUGACGCUGCAGUUCCAGGGGAACAAAUUCACUCUGUCUCACAGCCAACUCCGCCAGUUGACCGCAGGACAGCCUCUACAACUGCAAGGCAGUGUCCUGCAAAUAGUUUCGGCUCCGGGUCCCCAAUAUCUCCGACCUCAGGGCCCUGUGGUGGUGCAGACGGUGCCCCAGCCAGGAACUGUCCAAAAUGCUCUCAACGCACUUGGGAACCAGCACACAGUGGGGUUGCAGACUUCGUCAGGAACUCAGCCAGGAAGAACCAUGGGCACUAAUAUGGCAUCGGGAGACUCUGCUUCCUCCCUGAAGUCUGGCAUUCAUGGCGGUCAUUCACAGGAGUCGUUUGAGGAGAAAAACAGGCUUCUGAAGGAACGCUUGGACCGGAUCUUCUCUUGCAACGAACGGCGUUGCUCCAGAGCUCCCGUCUACGGCAAGGAUGUGCGUAGGAUUUGCUCCCUGGUGGGCAACUCCAACACAACAACACCUCAGUUCUCCGCCAGAACCAGAAAAUGGAGCUGGGCUGGUUUCGUCAACUGCGGUCUCUCCAAAGAUCAUCAAGACCCUCUAGGAGGGUUGACCUGCCAGCUGGAACAGCAGCAGCAGUCCUUGAGGGACACCAUCGACAGGGCACUCUGCGCGUUGCCCGCUGCUGUGGCCGCUCCUCCGUCUUUGCACGUGGCGAGGCUUCCCCCUGCUUACAGCCACCGGAUGAAACUCCUCCGGCACAACCUGAAGGAGAAGGCGUUGCCGUACCUGAAGCAGCUGCAUCAGCUGACCAUGCCCCGGCUGCUGCUUCCCUUCCCUGACCUCCGUCUGAUCCAGUACGAUGCAGGGAAGCUGGAAGCCCUGGCGGUCUUGCUCCAGAAGCUGAAGUCAGAAGGGCGAAGGGUGUUGAUCUUGUCGCAGAUGAUGCUCAUGUUGGACAUCUUAGAACGGUUCCUCAACUUCCAUUUCCUCACCUACGUGAGAAUCGAUGAGUGUGCAAACCAGGAAGAGCGCCAGGAGCUGAUGAAAACCUUCAACCGAGACAAACGGCUCUUCUGCGCCAUCCUCUCCUCCCACAGCCGCUCCACGGGCGUCAACCUGGUGGAAGCCGACACCGUCGUAUUCUAUGACAACGACUUAAACCCGGUGAUGGAAGCCAAAGCUCAGGAGUGGUGCGAUCGGAUUGGCCGGUGCAAGGAUAUCCACAUUUACAGGCUGGUCAGCGGGAACUCGGUUGAAGAGAAGCUCUUAAAAAACGGGACGAAGGAUCUGAUCCGAGAAGUAGCCGCUCAGGGAAACGACUACUCCAUGGCCUUUUUAACGCAGCAAACAAUUCAGGAACUUUUUGAAGUUCACUCACCAAUGGAGGAUUCGGGCUUCCGGGUGAAAGCCGAAGAAUUCGUCAUGCUGUCACAAGAGCCGUCUCCAUCCGAAACCAUCUCCCCCAAAGUGGCCAGGCCUUUCAUAGAGGCUCUGAAAAGUACCGAACGAGAGGAAGAGGAGAAGGAGGAGGAAGAGGAGAUGGAAGAGGACGAGGAGAACGAGGAGUGGAAUUCACGCGUCCGGGAUGGAGAGAGCGAGUCGGUGUUGAGACCUCUGGUUUCAGAACUCGGGAAGGCACAAUAUCUUGAGCAACCUUCUCUGCUGCAGGAACUGGUGGCUGUGGUCGAUCAGCUCACCCCCAUUGAAAAGUAUGCCUUGAAUUAUUUGGAAUUCUUUCAUGUUUCCGCUGAGGAGAAUGAAUCUAAAGAAAAUGAGGUGGAAACAAGGACGGCAAAACGGAAAUGGGAGUCUCAGCACCUGAAAGAGCUGAGAGAGGAAGAGGAGAAAACGCUCCUGCAAGGGAAAGAGGAAGAGCUUUUCACUUACACUCGAGAAGAUGCCUAUAACAAAGAGUAUUUUUACGAAGGACCAGAUGGACAAACUGAAAUAAUGCCACUUUGGACUCCACCCACCCCGCCGCAGGAUGAAAACGAUAUAUACAUUGACUCGGUCAUGUGUUUGAUGUAUGAGCCAGUCCCCAUCCCAGAGUCCAAGCUGCCUCCCGUGUACGUCAGGAAGGAGCGCAAGAGGCACAAGACCGAUCCUUCCACCGUAGGAAGGAAGAAGAAGCAGCGUCAUGGAGAAAUUGUCAUCCCUCCUCGCUCCCUCUUUGAUCGUGCCACUCCGGGGAUGCUGAAAGUACGACGGGAAGGCAAGGAGCAAAAGAAGAACAUCCUGCUGAAACAGCAGACCCCGUUCGCCAAGCCCUUGCCCACCCUCGCAAAGCCGGCGGCGGAGGCCGGCCAGGACAACCCCGAGUGGCUGAUCAGCGAAGACUGGGCUCUCCUCCAGGCCGUCAAGCAGCUGCUGGAACUCCCACUCAACCUGGCCAUCAUGUCCCCUGCGCACACCCCCAACUGGGACCUGGUGAGCGACGUGGUGAACUCCUGCAGCCGGGUUUACCGCUCCCCCAAGCAGUGCCGCAACCGCUACGAGAACGUCGUCAUUCCCCGUGAAGAAGGGAAGCUUAUGUAUGAAGCGAACCCUAAGAAGAAGACUAAAAGCAUUUAUAAGACAAAAAACAGUCGCCCACUUCGGACCAACCAGCUGUACGCCCAGGACGAAGGUGCGUCGCACACCCAUCUCUACACAAACCAUUUCGAGAUCAUGAAACUAAUUGCUGGGAAAAGGAGCCCACCCAUCAAACCCCUGCUUGGCAUGAAUCCUUUCCAGAAAAACCCGAAACACACUUCAGUCCUUGCAGAAAGUGGGAUCAACUAUGAUAAGCCACUGCCUCCAAUUCAGGUUGCAUCUCUCCGAGCAGAGCGCAUUGCAAAGGAAAAGAAGGCUCUGGCAGAACAGCAGCGAGCUCAACAACAAGCCACUCCACAACAGCAGCAGCAGCAGCAACAGCAGCAGCAGCAACAGCAGGCCGGACAGCAAACCGCUCAGCCAUUGGCGGGGCAGCAAGCACAAUCUCAGCCCCAGGCACAAGGCCAGAGCAUCCAGCAGCCUCAAGGUGGGCUGCAGACGGCCGCCACCACGGUGGCAAGCACAGCUGUGUUGGCUGGCACCAUGAAACCCACAGUGACCGGGACCAACAUACAGACAGCCACUGUGAGCGUCAACACCAUAACCGGAGUCCCCGCAACUACGUUUCAACCCAUCAACAAGCGGUUGGCUUCACCCAUUAUUCCUGGGACGCUGGCGGUGAGUGGCCGUUCCUCGGAGCAGAAAACUAAGACGACGUCGGGCUCAGGAACGACCACUGCUCAGGUGGUCCAUUCCCAGCAGAGAGCCACUGGCACGUCAGCUGCCUCUACAGAAAUGGUCACCCUCACGUCUACGCCCGGAGUCCGAGCAGUCACUUCAGUGACUGCCUCUACUGUGGUAACCACUAACCUGACUCCAGUCCAGACCCAGCCAAGAUCUUUGGUCACUCAGGUGACCCCAGCUGCUGCAGCCAGCGUCCAGCUCUCCGGGAAGACCAUCCCUCAAAAUCACUUCCAGCUCCUACGCCAGCAGCAGCAACAGCAAGCAACAGGACAGGUGCAAGUUCCCCAGAUCCAAACCCCAGGCCAGACCCCAUCACAACCCCAGAUUAAGACUGUCGGCAAGAUCUCCCAGGAGCAGCUCAUCAAGUUCCAGAAGCAGAAGAUGCAAGCAACACAACAACAAUCUUCCCAGCCGCAGGGAACCCCUGGAGCACAACAACAGGCAGCCCAGGUUCAGGUGCAGCAGCAACAGACGCAGCAGCUGACGGCGGUAGCGGCCUCCAGGCCAGGCGCAGUCCUGGCUGGCACCACAGUCACCGGCCUACAAGUGGCCCGGUUGACGCGCGUUGCUGCUUCUCAGCUCCAAGCCCAGAGCCAGAUCCCGGGUCAGACGCCUCAAGCAGCCCAAGUGGCUUUGGCCAAGCCGCCUGUGAUGUCCGUCCCGGUGGUGUCGUCGGCAGGGGUGACCGCCCUCCCCGUGACCGUCUCCGGAAUCAGCGUGGCGAUUGGGCAGCCCCAGAAAGCAGCAGGAGGGCAGGCAGUGAUGGCUCAGCCGCUCCAUGUGCAACAGUUUUUGAAGGUGAAACAAGCUCAGCACCACCAGGCGGCCCAGCAGAAGAUCAUCCAGCCCCAGGUGGCCCAAGGACAGGCAGGUGUUCAACAGAAGCAGGUCACCGUUCAGACCCAGCAGCCAGCAUCUCAGCAGCAGAAAGUCUAUGCCACCCAGCCGGCCAUCAAAGCCCAAUUCCUACCAACGCCAAUUUCUCAGCCCCAGAAGACAGGUGGGGCACAGCAGGUCCAGACCCAAAUACAGGUGGCCAAAAUCCCACAGGUCGUCUCCCAACAAGCAGCAGUGGCUAAUAUCCAGCAGGUGGUUUCGGUUUCCCAACAGGUUCAAGCUCAACCCCAAACAGUCACCUUGUCCCAGACCACAGCGGGACAACACCAAGUCCAGGUCAUCCCAGCCACCACCGCCACAGCUCAGGUCGUCCCCCAGAAACUGAUCCAACAGCAAGUGGUAACCACCGCCUCCCCCCAGAUCCAAGCCUCGGUCGUGCCGAACCCUGCCCAGGCGCCUGCCCCACCCGACGGGCAGAGUCAGCAAACGAAAGUGCAGAUGAGAGCACCCGUCCGGUUAAAGGCUCCGAACAAACCCAGUUGAGCCCUCCCAACUUUUCGUGGCAGCAAGCCAGGGAGAGAGAGAGAGAGAGAGAGAGAGAGAGAGAGAGAGAGAGCUUCUCUAGAUGGUCUCCCGUCUGACAAGAUUGGAGGUUUGGCUUCUCUCCUGCGAAACUUCUUACUCGUCUGCGCCAGAAAGGGCCGUUUCCCCUGCUCUCCUCCAGACUUCUCUGCUUCCUGGAGAGAUCCGUGGCUUUCAAAGCUGACCCCCAAGGAAACGCCGUUCUCGCGAACUCUGCCGUUAGCCCAACCGCUCGCCGAUGCUCACUGCCCUUUCAGUGGAAACCCCGCAAAGUUGCUUCUCCAGUGUCGUGGGUAGCAACGCCGGUCGUUAUGGUCCUCCCCUGUGAGAAGGGGGAAAUCUUUUUAGAACUUUGUGGGGUGCAAAGCUGGACACUAUCCGGGCCUCGCAUGUCCAAGUGGGAGGUGUGGGGGGGGGGGGGAGGACAGAAAGUUUUGUCCAAAGCUAGGGGUCUCCAACCUUGGCAACUUGGAAGCCUG